AUGUUUUAUGUUUUGCUGGCCCUUCUGGUCCUUUCUCCGUUUGCUCGCACUUCUUCCUCAUUCUAUGACAACCCUGAGCAAGAUCCAUCACCUCCUACGGGCCCAGACAGCACAGAAGAACUUCACAGGAAAUGGGACUUUGAGUGGGGCUUUUCAGGAAUAUCUACUUUCGCACACUUGAGGCAUAUAAAAUGCUUAAGUGAGAGGGACACACCCUUCGACAUCGGAAUCAUAGGUGCUCCUUUUGAUACGGCUGUCAGCUACAGGCCCGGAGCACGCUUCGGGCCUCGUGCCAUCAGAACAGCUUCUGCUCGUCAAACCUCCUUCCGUGGCUUCAACCCUCGCCGUGGCCUGAAUCCAUACACUUCACCGUACACUAUUUUUGACUGUGGUGAUAUCCCUGUCACACCUUUUGACAACGCCCUUGCCCUCCACCAGAUGACAUCUGCCUUCCUCGAACUCGGUUCCCGCGCUCCAGCUUUCGCCCACUCGACCAACCCAAAGCCCAAGCUACUCACAUUGGGUGGCGAUCAUAGCAUUGCUCUUCCAGCCCUCAGAGCACUUAACAAGAUCUAUGGCGGACCAAUCGCUGUAUUGCACUUUGACGCCCAUCUCGACACCUGGCACCCGGCGAAGUACCCGUCUGCUUGGCCAUCUACACAAAGCGAUUUCACUCACGGAAGCAUGUUCUGGAUCGCCUCCAACGAGGGGUUGAUCCUGAAUGGCUCAUCUGCCCAUGCUGGGCUGCGAAGUCGUCUUAUGGGUUGGGAUGAUUAUGAGGAUGAUGAACGCCAGGGCUUCCUGCGCAUUUCAGCAGAUGAUAUCGAUGAGAUGGGCACGGCAGGCAUCGUGAGUGCGAUAUUGGAGAGAAUCGGAACCGAUACGCCGACAUACUUGAGUUUGGAUAUUGAUGUGCUUGACCCGGGCCUGUGCCCAGGUACAGGAACGCCCGAAGCAGGCGGCUGGACGAGUCGUGAGGUGAUCAGGAUUCUUCGGGGUCUCGAAAAAUUGAAUGUUGUCGGCGCGGAUAUCGUCGAGGUGGCGCCUGCCUAUGACGGAACAGGGGAGCAGACGGCACUAGUCGCAGCGCAGGUAGGUUUUGAGAUAUUGACCAGCUGGGUUGGGCGCGGCAUGAGCGAGAUAGAGAAAGCGAAAGGCAAAGAUGAUAAGAGCCAAGCUUCGGGCAAGGGAAAAGACGAGCUAUGA